UCUCGCAGCCAGUCACGUGUGGCGCCUUUUCCCUCUGUGAUUGGUAGAGGCAGGUAAUUUUGCUGAUCACGUGACUAUACCGCUUCAACGCGAGAGCCUCCUCAAUUUUAGCGCGUAGUUUGUUGGCGGAAAAGAAUCCGUAAACCUGGAGUCAUUUUAUUGCUUCAACCUGGAAGGUACUCACACGUAUAGUAUUUAACUACCAGAUAAACAGCUUCUUGACUAUAUGGCGAAUGUUUGAGGCGUACAUUUGCGAAACUAUUAUACUUUGUUACCAACUGAAGCGAUGGAGUUAACUCCUGUCUGCGACGAGGGUGUCAGUGCAGAUGGAUGUACGAUGACAUCUGCCAGAGCAAAGAGGAAAAGCAAAGUCACAAGGGAUGUGGAGUUGGAUAUUGAGCUCCUUUACAAAGCUGUACCUCAGCUAAAUGAGUACUUCUGCAUCAUCAACAAAAUUGGAGAAGGGACGUUCAGCUCAGUGUAUUUGGGUGAGGCGCAGAUGCGGGACGGGAGGAGAGAGAUGUUUGCUCUCAAGCACCUCAUCCCCACCAGCCAUCCUACUCGCAUUGCUGCUGAGCUUCAGUGCCUCACUGUGGCGGGAGGCAGAGAAAAUGUGAUUGGAGUGACAUACUGCUUCAGGAAAGAAGACCAUGUUGUGAUUGUAAUGCCCUACAUGAAGCAUCAGGCUAUUGUGGACAUCAUUGGAUCAUUAAGUUUUGAAGAGGUCCGUCUGUACAUUUACCAGUUGUUAAAAGCCCUAAAACACAUCCACCAGUUCGGAAUCAUUCAUCGGGACAUCAAACCAAACAAUUUCCUCUACAACAGGGACAGCAAAACGUAUGCCCUGGUGGACUUUGGCCUGGCUCAGGGAACAGCCGACACCAAGAUCGAGCUGCUGAAGGUGGUUAGACAGAGGCUGUCGCAGAAAGGUGGAGGGUCCACUGUCAAACAAGAAGCUGCACAGCGGGGCAAAGCACCACCUAGGCUCGUACCCAAAACCACCAGCACUGCACCGACACCUCUGUCUCUGCCUCCACGGCAAUCGGUGCCGCCUUCCUCCUCGUCUUCCUCCAACACCCCCACUUCUUCCUCGGCCUGCCGGAAAGCGCUGGUCAAGAAAGCACGUGCAGUGUCCGCCACUUCCUAUUCUCUCACUGAGCACCCCAAGGAUUUGACAGGACUACGCAAAGUUCAACGGCCAGUGUUUGGAGAGAGAAAUCUCAACAGCUGCACGCCUGCUCCCUCCGCCACUAAGCUAUCUGUCUGUAAAAAGGAGCUGGUCAAGCUCAGCAAAACGGAGAAUCCGGCCAGCAGAAGGCCCCCUCCGGCCACCUGGAACCCGCUGCCUGUAAAGACCCAGACCGGCGUUCAGAAACCUCAGAAGACCGUACAGCAAGGCUUGACGUGUAACUGCCACUUCACUGACCGGGUCUGCAACAUCUGCAUGGCAAGAAAGCAACAGGUAGCUCCCAGGGCUGGAACACCGGGUUUCAGAGCACCAGAAGUCCUCACAAAGUGUCCCGACCAAGGCACAGCCAUAGAUGUGUGGUCAGCUGGCGUUAUCCUGCUCUCACUGCUCAGUGGCCGCUACCCGUUCUUCAAAGCCAGCGAUGACCUGAUCGCUCUCGCUCAGAUCAUGACCGUACGAGGUUCCAGGGAGACCAUCCAGGCUGCUAAGGCAUUCGGUAAAGCAGUGGUGUCCAGUCGGGAGCUUCCUCGCCAGGACCUCAGGACGUUGUGCGAGACGCUCAGAGGAAGAAAACCCUCGCUGGAUGACAAAAUAAUCCUGUCUCCUGAAGACCGCAGAGACUUGGCAGCCCCUCCUCAAAAAAGCCAGAGCGACGUCUCCGCACACAGAGACGGAGCAGACCCGGAGCACUCGAUUAGCAAAGAAACUGCAGCUCGCUUCUCCAACCAGACGGUGAGUGUAGAGGAAGACGAGCGCGGCUGGGACCGAGUCCCCGACGAGGCCUACGGCCUGCUGGAUCGGCUACUGGACCUGAACCCGUCCACUAGGAUCACAGCCGCCCAGGCACUGCAGCACCCGCUCUUCAAGGACCUGUGAAAGCUCGUGUCACACGAGCAUGUGUACGGCUUCAGAAGCAGGACCGUGAAGCUCUGCAAUUCAAACUCUGUUAAACAGAAAUGAUUUCUCAAACCCCUAACCCCACCGACUGCCUCUAAAACCAGUUUUCAUGGCAGCAUCUGGGAAAAUUUGAAUUUUUAAAGAGCCAUAGUAUUUACUAGAAAUAGAGAUUUUUUGCUGUCUUUGGCUGGAAUGUUCCAAAGUUUUAAUUGACUGUUUAUAUAAAUUCCAUGUGUGUGAGUCUCUGUUCGAAUUGUAUUUAUUAACACUCAGUACUACAUUGUCAUUUCCUAUUUUUAUAAUAAAUAAAAAGGACAAAUGUUUGGUUGUC